AUGCCUUCCGGCCGCAGGUCUGGCCGUUUCAAAGGUCCCAGGGCUGUAUACAUUGAUGAUCCAUUCAAGGCAGCUGGGAUCAGUGAUGAUGAGGUCUCCACCAAUCAGGAAAAUAAUGAAUUUGUCGCUGGCUCAGGCGAAGAAGCUGAUGAGGGAAUUGAGGAAGAAGACGAGCCAGAAGAUGAGCCGGAAGAUGAAGUAGAAGAGGAAUUACGAUCAGAAGCCGAUGCCUCUGACCCCGAAGAAAUGGAGAUCGACAGCAUCGAGGAUACUCCUAGGAAAGACCGCUUGACGUCGUACCAACACGAUGUGAGCUUCAAGAAGCGAAGAGCCGAUGGAACAAUUGUGCCAUCCGCUGAAGAAACACACAUUCGUGGCAUUAUCGAACCUAGAGAUCACUUGUCCAAAGGCGCCUAUUACACUCUCACUUUCGGUUCCGACGAUCGAGAUCUGAUGCCAGCUGUUCACUUCCGAAUGCGAUGGAACAAGGGUCUAGAUGCCGUUUUCCCCUCUCGCUUCACAUUGGAGGAGACUGAGAAGAAGCCUGAAUAUCUAUACGGGCCCACAUUUGGGGUUCACCCGGAUGAUGUUAUGAAAGAAAGCACCCGUGGAUGGGACUGGUACCACGACAGGGAUAUCGGCGGAAGUUUCCAGAAAAGACAGCGCAUUGAGACGAUUGAAGAGUCGAUGGUGUUCCAAAAUUACCUGCCUCAACCAGAUACGCGAAAACAUGGCAUCUUACUGGGACCGCAUAAUAAUCAACAAGUCUUUGAGCUGGGAUAUCAUGAGACUUUGGACUUUGGAAAAGCUUGGGAACAAUCAGGCUCCAAAGCAGAUGAAUCAAAAACUGGGACCAAAAGGACUCGGGAAGGUUGGAUGUUGAACAUCGGUCACAAGGCACAUUGCAUGACUUGGGCUCCAAACCAGAAUGGUCUGACCCAGUAUCUUGCUGUGGCGGCGCCGAUUACAGAAGAUCAGAAGAACCAGUACAAACCCGAAGAUAGUGAGCCUAUCUCAUCGUUUCAACCCUCAGAGCCUUUCCCUAGUGCCCUGCAGAUUUGGGAGUUCAAAGGCAAACCGAGUGAGACUCCUACAGUGACUCUCGAUAUGGACUUCAAACCCCGGCUUCGACAAGUCUUGUGUGCUGACUGGGGGGACCUGAGACGCAUGGUAUGGUGUAAUUUGCCUCGGACCGAACGAGUGGAGGACGGAGAAGAAGAAAAAGAAUCCAUUGGUUUACUCGCAACAGUUUGGGGGGAUGGAUAUGUCAGAGUCCUGGAUAUAAAAACAGCUAGAGGGUCACAAGAAACAGAGUUUCUCAACAUCAAAUCGCCUGCGUUCGAGGCAAGACCGCCAUCAACAGUCUCCACAUGUGUCACUUGGCUAUCCCCUAGUGAUCUUGUAGUGGGAUGCGGUAACGGUUUUGUGGCUAUCUGGAACAUCGAACCUUCCUCUGCGCCCGAACCUCUACCUUAUUUCUAUCGGCCACUCCACGCCACUUACAUACUCAGUAUCACAUCGGCAUACCCGGUCCAUCCCCAACUAAUCAUCACUAUUUCUAUGGACGGCGAAACGAGGAUGUGGUCUGUCCUCGAUCCCACCAGUGAAAUGACCUCGACGGGCCGCAUGCGAGGGGCAUCUCCCUUCUUGAGCUAUUCUCCCAUCUGCCAAUCUGUUGUUGCCGGGGAUGAAAACGAAUUCGCUCGCGUAAUUCCAAUUCGACGGUUUUUUACCACCACAACCAUUGCGCGGCUCAGCAGCACCAUCUCGGCCAUGGCGCAAUGCAGUAAUCAUCACCCCUGUGCCUUGUUUGGCAGUGCCGCAGGUGAGGUCGUAGGAACAAAUCCCUUCCGACGAGUUGUUUACAACAAGGAGCAAAUCUGGCAGCAGAUAUGGUUCACACAUGAAUGGAUUCCCACCUCCAAGACGGAUACUGUGGGCACUAGUCGGUUUCACGACGGAUACCGGGCAGAGAACCAGAAGCUGGCAAAGUACAAGCUGUUCGAGACAAACCCUGUCAAUGGGAUGGGGACCUCGACGAUCUUCGAAGAAAACACCCACGUCACAGCCCUCGGGUGGAACCCCAACCACCAUUGUGCAGCAUGGGCCAGCGCUGCGCUGGGAUGUGGAUUGGUGAGAGUGGAAGAUCUUGCCAUCUAG